UUCGUCGCAGACCAACACUCUUCCAGCAACAACACCAGCAACUCAAGCCACCAUGCCCACGUCCGGCACGCUCAAGAUCAAGGUGCACCGCAUCGAGGCCACGUUCGUGGAGGAGGAGCACGCCCUGAAGCUGCACGCGCUGCGCUUCGCCGUCGGCAACGCCGAGCACACGACCAAGUUCCGCAAGCACGACGCCUCCAUCGACGAGCACGUGAAGCUCAACGUCAAGAACGCCCCCACCGACGCCACGCUCACCAUCGAGGUGCUGCAGGAGAAGCGCAAGAAGGCGCUCGUGGACACGGCGCAGCCGCUCACCGAGUUCCUCAAGAGCAACCUGGAGCGCAAGAUGACGUUCACGUUCGGCCCCAAGGCCGCGCCCAACACGGUGCUGCUGUACUUCCGCGUGGACUGGGAGCCCAGCGACACGGCCCUGGCCGUCGUGGACACGCACCGCCCCUGGUUCAUGCGCGCGUCCUACUACUACGACACGACCAAGAGUGUGUACAACUACACCACGAGCUUCCGCAUCGUGGCCCCGUUCGCGCGCUUCGGCGAGAACACGGCCAACACGGUGCUCACCAAGGUGAGCGGCAAGACGCUCUUCGACAUUGACGAGGCCUGGGUGGGCCCCGGUCUCAACGCCCUGGACAACAAGGUGGACGCCGGCAUUUCGGCGGUGCUCACGACGCUCUACUCGGGCCAGCAGUACGCCCUUAAGAAGAAGGACGACGCCGUCGAAGUGGCCAGCAAGGCCAAGGACUUCACCACCGAGAAGGUCUCGUCCGCUUCGUCGGCCGUCUACAACACGGUGGCCAGCGUGGCCGACUACACCAAGACGCAGGUGGUUCACGCUUCGUCGUCGACUUACGGCACCGUCAAGAGUGUGACCUACUCGGUGCUGAGCUACGUGCCGGUCAUCGGCCCCAAGAUCGUGGCCUAAGUGCAGGAACCGACUGCAGGUUCGCCCAUGCCGCUGACAACGUGAGCUUCAUCGGAUGCAAGCAGACACAAGAUCGACAUCGUGUCGACCGAUCCUACUUUUUGGCGACUGCGAUGUUGCAGUCAACAUCUUUUCUUCUUAGUGUAUUAACCUUUAGCGUGAAUUGAGCGGCAGGUGCUCCUAACGUAAACAAAUACAAUGGUCUGCUGGCUUUAAACAACUC